AUUCGAGAUUUGCCGUGAACACGCAUCUGUGAGUUAAUCUAUUGCUUACGCAUUCACCGGUUGGAUUAUCUUCCAACCUCAAAAAGUGAACGAUGGCUGCUUUGAUACCAAAAAGUAGUUUUCGAAUCGCAAAACGACAAACGGUACGCUCUACCAGCGUCGCUGUACAGAUUUGCUGCUACUCUGAUUCUCCAAGGUUGAUAAAAAAUGACAAUCCAGCUUCUUUCAAACGCGGUACCGGAGGGCGCAGCUCGUUCAAUGGCAUCGUCUGCACAGUCUUUGGCUGCACAGGAUUCCUCGGUCGUUAUGUCUGCAAUAAGCUUGGAAAGAUAGGCACCCAGAUGAUUCUUCCUUAUCGCGGAGAUGAAUAUGAUGUCAAGCGACUAAAAGUUACGGGCGACUUAGGCCAAGUCUUGUUUCACCCAUUUCAUCUGCGUGAUGAAGAUUCUAUACGGAAAUGUAUUAAGUAUUCGAAUGUUGUGAUUAAUUUAAUUGGUCGUGAGUGGGAAAUGAAAAACUUCAAAUAUGAUGACGUAAAUGUGGAAGGAGCCAGGCGACUUGCACGGCUUGCCAAAGAGGCGGGUGUUGAGCGUUUCAUUCACCUGUCUGCUCUGAAUGCCAGUUUAAAUCCUACGCCUAUCGUACUGAGUCGGGGUUCUCGAUUUCACAAGUCGAAGGCAGAAGGUGAACUUGCCGUCAAAGAAGAAUUUCCUGGAGCUACCAUUAUCCGACCUUCGGCUGUUUAUGGACAAGAAGAUCGUUUCAUCAAAUAUUAUAUUCAUCCUCUGAGAUCAUGCUUGAGAUCAUUACCUCUGUGGAAGAAAGGAGAAGCGACUGAAAAACAACCAGUUGCGGUAUCUGAUGUUGCAGCUGGUAUAGUAGCGGCAAUUAGAGAUCCUAAUUCUGUUGGAAAAACUUAUCAAUUUGUUGGACCAAAGCGGUAUCAACUAUCGGAACUGCUUGAUUGGAUGUUUGCAGUAAUGAGAAAAGAUAAAUCAUGGGGAUAUUCCAGAUACGAUUUGCGUUAUGACCCAUUUUUCAUGGCCAGAAUAUACGCUAAUGAACUUCUCAGUCCUAGUUACCCGUUCGGAAACUUGCAUUGGGAGCAAAUAGAAAUAGAACAUACUAGUGACAAACUAAUCCAGGGUUUACCAGAUUUAGAAGACCUUGGAAUAACACCUACUGAAAUGGAAGAUCAAGUACCUUGGGAAGUGAAGCCUUAUGUAGCAUAUCCGUACUACAAGCCCGAAAUUGGAGAAUUCCCAACACCAGAUCCACCUAAAACGAUUCCAAUUCAAUUUGCUUAGAAUUGAGUCAUUGAUCAUUAGUGAAUGUAAAUUACAAAAUACAAUACAGUGUUAGUACCUAUAUAAAAUUCUUCUAUGCUUAUUUACAUCAGAGGAUUUCUAACCAACGCGUUUUGUAUAGGGUAUGUAUAGUAAAUUGAAAUUUCCCUGUGGUCAAUGAGCUACAGUUGCAAUUAUUUUAUUUAUCAAGAACUACAUUGUAAAGUCGUAUAAAUGAAAAUUACACUUGUUAAUAUUCAAUAAAAUACAAUGCUUAAUCAAA